AUGGAAAAUAUUCUACCUCGUCUAAAGGACAACUGCGUUAUUGUUAUGGACAAUGCGUCGUAUCAUUCAGUUAAGUUGGACAAAGCACCGACUGCGUCAACGAAGAAGGCCGAUAUUAUACAGUGGUUGGAGAAUAAAGGGGAAGUGGUGGAUAGGACUAUGAUAAUACGAGAACUUUUAGACAUCGUAAAAAAAAUUAAGCCUCAACAUGAGAAAUUUGUUAUUGAUGAAAUCGCCAAUGCACAAAAUAAAACAAUUUUACGUCUGCCGCCUUAUCAUUGCGAGCUUAAUCCGAUCGAACUUGCUUGGUCAUCGAUCAAGAAUCACGUAAGAAUGAACAACACUACAUUUAAACUACCUGAUGUCAAAAAACUUUUAAUAGAAGGCAUAGAAAGAGUAGAUGCAGAUAUGUGGAAGAACUUUAUAAGACACACGAUACUGGAAGAAAAUAGGUUUUGGGAAAUAGAUGACAUUAUGGACGAGGUGUUUGAAGCGGAGAGACAAAAUUUAACUUUAACUAUUACUGGAGAUACGUCAUCUGAUUCAGAGUCUGAUAUGGAUUGA